AAUAUAUUGGCCAGAAACGUCAACUCUGUGGGCACAGGGACUAUGUAAAACGGCUCUUGUCAUUGAUAUCAGUCUGCUUAUGGUCAAUCCCACCUAAUCCCAUCACCACCUUCAUUUGACGCACUCUACCUAAACAUGUCUGCUGGAAAGAACGUUAUCAUUACUGGGGCCGGUGGGAUGAUCGGCCCUAUGCUGGCCCAACGUCUUCAUGAUGAUGGCUAUAAUCUGAUCUUGACGGAUAUUGUUGAACCAAAGGCCCCCAAGGGUGGCAAACAAGAAAAUAUCAAAUGCCUGAAGGGCGACAUCACCGACACGGCAUUUGUGAAGAAGCUGCUUGAUGCUGCACAGCCGCUCCAUGCCAUAUUUAUUUUCCAUGGCAUCAUGUCAGCAGGCUCUGAGGCAAACUUUGACCUGUCUAUGAAAGUGAAUGUCGAGAGCGUCCGCAACCUGCUCCUUGCUUUAAGAGAGCUGCCACAGGCACCAGUGAGGGUGGUUUAUUCCAGCUCACAAGCUGUGUAUGGACAGCCUCUGCCAAAGAUCAUAACAGACGAUGUGACGCCCACGCCGGAGGGAACUUAUGGAGCACACAAGUACUCUACCGAGAUUAUCGUCAACGACAUGCACCGAAAAGGAUUCAUCGAUGCAUUCACAGUUCGGUUCCCAACAGUGGUGGUCCGGCCCGGCGCACCGAGCAACGCGGCCCCGUCCUUCCUUUCAGGCAUGAUUCGGGAGCCAAUGAAAGGGCAAGAGUGCGUAAUCCCCCUCACGGACAGGUCCUACAGGACAUAUGUGUGCUCUCCGAGCAGCACAAUUGAGAACCUGGUGCGGGUACUCAACCUCAAGAGUGAUGCGCUGCCAAAUCACCAGAGGCACAUCAUGUUCCCAGGUGUCUCUGCUACUGUCCAGGAGCUCAUGGACGCGCUGGCCAAACACGGCGGCCAGGACAAACUGAAGCUCCUGAAGGAGGAGACGAACCCUACUUUUGAGAGGAUUCUGAGGAGCUGGCCGGAAGACUUCGACCCGAGCACGCCAGACAGACUUGGCCUGGUGAGGGAUAAAAAGGCAGAGGACCUUGUGAAGGAGUACAUCGACUCCCUGGCCUCGCAAUAGGUCUCCUUGUCACCUCUGUCAUGGCGGCGCUUGGGAAUGAGAGUAGAUUGGGAGGGGGUGAUCUGUCUUGCCCCACGAGUACCACCAGUUGAAUGUGCAACCCCAGUGACGGUUCUUGAGGAACUCUGGUUAACUGGUAUAGAGAAGUGCUGGUUGAGGGUGUGUGUGCAAGGGGACGAAAUGCAGAUUAUUUGUGUGA